AUUUUAGUACAAGUAGCACCUACGCUUGACAUUUACUAACUUAAUACUAAUAAUAUAUUACUUUGAACUUCGCAACUAACUGUAUAAUAAAUAUUUUGUUAUUAUGAUGCCUAAUAAUUUUUAGAGUCCUACUUUCCACAUAUAAAAGUUCAGAUUGUUAAAUCAAAAUGUGUGAUAGUGAUGACCCAAAUGAAAACGGCCGGUCUGGAAUGGACCUGACUGGCUUUUUGUUUGGUAAUAUAGACGAGACUGGACAGCUUGAAGAUAAUGGGAUACUAGAUGAUGAAUCCAAACGCAUGCUGUCGUCUCUUAACAGAUUGGGACUUGGUUCUAUAAUAUCAGAGGUGUUGGAUGAAAAUGAUAUUGUAAAGGAAGAGGAAGAAAAAGAUUAUUCAGAAAAAAGUCCAUCAGCUGUUGAUUUCUUUGAUAUUGAUGAUGCUGUUGAUGAAGAAAAGGACAUAGAAACAAAAGUAGUCACUAAUGAUGAUGUAUCCGUCAAAAAUGAAUGUGAAAAUCAGUCCGAGGGUAUUAAAAGUGAUUCUUCGCAGAAUGAAAAAGAUACUAUUGAAAACUGGAAUGAGCCAAAAGUUGAGAAAAAUGAGAGUAACAAUGAUGAAGGUUAUGAGGGUGAUAUGGAAGGUGAUGGUGAACUUAUGCCUCCCCCGUCAACUGUGCCGAGACAGAAAACUGAAAAGCCUAAGAAAUUGGAGACACCUCUAGCUGCAAUGUUACCAUCAAAGUAUGCUGGUGUUGAUGUAACAGAGUUAUUCCCUGACUUUAGACCAGACAAAGUGCUAUUGUUUUCGCGGUUGUUUGGUCCGGGGAAACUUUCCAGUCUGCCUCAGAUAUGGCGAGGCGUGAAGAAACGUAGGCGAAGAAAACGUAGUGGCAGCACCAGUAGUGACACACCACCACAGAUAGAAUUACAGGAAAUUCAGUAUGCUAGUGACGAUGAAGAGAAAUUUCUCAAGCCUAUGGAAGAAACGCCUCAAGUAUCCACACAAGAGACGAACUCACAGUCCUCUGGCGAUAAAUCUCAAAAACCAACACCCGCUCACUGGCGUUUUGGUCCAGCUCAGGCUUGGUAUGAUAUGCUCAAUGUACCAGAGACGGGGGAAGGUUUCGAUUAUGGAUUUAAAUUAAAGGCGCAAUCUCCAGAACGAGAUAAAACAGGUGAAGAAGUUAUUGAUGAGGAGUGUGAGAAAGCUGACAGUCCUGAUAGUGGGUUCCCUGAUGACGCUUUCCUUAUGGUCUCCCAAUUACAAUGGGAGGACGAUGUCGUCUGGGAUGGCAGUGAGAUAAAACAUAAGGUGCUGGCUCGAUUAAACAGUAAGAGUAACGCUGCUGGCUGGGUCCCUACUUCUGGAAGUCGAACCGCUCAACAGUUUUCUCAUGGACGACCGCCUCCCGCGCCGCUAACAGCUAAGCCAUCCUCAAGCUCGUCAUCUACACCGAUUAAUCCUGGAACGAAUGGCGAGGGUGAGGACAAUACAUGGUACAGUAUUUUCCCCGUGGAAAAUGAAGAAUUGGUCUAUGGCACGUGGGAAGAUGAAGUUAUAUGGGACGCUGAGAACAUGCCCAAGAUACCCAAACCAAAGAUACUUACUCUGGACCCCAAUGACGAGAAUAUUAUAUUGGGUAUACCCGAUGACGUGGAUCCAUCUAAGAUUACGAGAGAACGAGGACCGGCUCCAAAAGUGAAAAUACCUCAUCCACAUGUUAAGAAGUCUAAGAUAUUGCUCGGUAAGGCGGGCGUCAUAAACGUGUUGCAAGAAGACGCUCCCCCUCCACCGCCAAAGUCACCAGACAGAGACCCCUUUAAUAUAUCCAAUGACGUAUAUUACCAGCCGAAAUCUCAGAACCCUCGUCUUAAAGUUGGCGGAGGUCAGUUAAUACAGCACAGUACUCCGGUGGUUGAGCUCAGGGCACCGUUCAUCCAGACCCACAUGGGCCCCGCGAGACUCCGCGCCUUCCAUCGACCAGCCAUGAGAAAAUUGUCCUAUGGACCUCUAGCCGCCCCAGGACCACAUCCCGUGCAACCGCUACUGAAGCACAUUAAGAAAAAGGCCAAACAACGCGAAGCCGAACGUCUAGCAUCAGGUGGUGGGGAUGUCUUCUUCAUGAGAACUCCUGAAGACCUAAGCGGCAGAGAUGGUGAUUUAGUACUGGUUGAAUUCUGUGAAGAACAUCCCCCACUCAUAAGUCAAGUGGGCAUGUGUACUAAAAUCAAGAACUAUUACAAGCGUACAGCUACUAAAGAUAACGGUCCUAAGCCAAUGAAAUACGGUGAAAUAGCCUACGCUCAUACAUCACCGUUCUUGGGUAUAUUGCCGCCGGGCGCGACGCAACCGGUCGUUGAGAACAAUAUGUACCGAGCACCGAUAUACGAACACACACUUUCCUCCACAGAUUUCCUCAUAAUAAGAACGAGACAAGCAUACUAUAUCCGAGAAGUUGAUGCAUUAUUUGUUGCUGGUCAAGAAUGUCCACUGUAUGAGGUGCCUGGACCAAAUUCCAAGAGAGCCAACAAUUUUGUUAGAGACUUUUUGCAGGUUUUCAUAUACAGAUUAUUCUGGAAAUCUCGGGAUAAUCCUCGCCGUAUAAAGAUGGAUGAUAUUAAAAGAGCUUUUCCGUCUCAUUCAGAAAGCUCAAUACGUAAACGUCUCAAACUAUGCGCUGACUUCAAAAGAACCGGAACAGAUUCUAACUGGUGGGUGAUAAAGCCAGAUUUCCGUCUACCCUCCGAAGAGGAGAUUCGAGCUAUGGUUUCCCCGGAGCAGUGUUGUGCGUACUUUAGUAUGGCGGCGGCGGAACAACGUCUCAAGGACGCCGGCUAUGGGGAGAAGUUCAUAUUCACGCCCCAGGAGGACGAUGAUGAGGAACUACAGCUCAAAAUGGAUGACGAAGUGAAAGUAGCUCCUUGGAACACAACUCGCGCCUACAUCCAGGCUAUGCGAGGAAAAUGUCUCCUACAGCUGACGGGCGUUGCAGAUCCCACUGGUUGCGGUGAAGGGUUUUCAUACGUCCGGGUUCCCAACAAACCAACCCAGCAACCGAACGAGGAACAGCAACCUAAGAGAACUGUGACCGGUACUGACGCUGAUCUGAGAAGGCUUAGUUUGAAUAACGCUAAGGCCUUGUUGAGGAAAUUUGGUGUGCCUGAGGAAGAAAUAAAAAAACUGUCUCGCUGGGAAGUCAUCGACGUGGUGAGAACUUUGUCAACGGAGAAAGCCAAGGCCGGUGAAGAAGGAAUGACUAAAUUCUCUAGAGGAAAUAGAUUUUCAAUAGCCGAACACCAGGAGAGAUAUAAAGAGGAAUGUCAACGUAUAUUCGAAUUACAAAACCGUGUACUGACAAGCACAGAAGUGCUUAGUACAGACGAGGCGGAAAGCUCCGUCAGUGAAGAAUCAGACCUCGAAGAAAUGGGAAAGAAUUUAGAAAAUAUGCUGGCCAAUAAGAAGACUACCGAACAAUUGAGCAUGGAAAGAGAGGAGGCUGAGAGAGCUGAACUGCGAAAAAUGAUAUUAGGACAAUCUGAAAAGAAACCUCAGAUAAAUCAACAGGACCAACAGCAAUCUUCAAACCAAGGUCGCGUCCUUCGCAUCGUAAGGACGUUCCGAAACGCCUCCGGUCAAAGAUACACGCGUGUCGAGUUAGUAAGAAAGGCAGCAGUCAUAGAGGCCUACACCAAAAUAAGGUCCACGAAAGACGACGCUUUCAUACGACAAUUCGCCACAAUGGAUGAAUCACAGAAGGAAGAAAUGAAGAGAGAAAAGAGAAGGAUUCAGGAACAAUUGAGACGUAUCAAGAGGAACCAAGAAAGGGAGAGACUGGCUGGAAAUGUAUCAGUACCUGGUUCAUCUAUCAGUGAUAGUAUGAACAUGUCGACCAUGUCUGACCUAGGGUCCAAAUCACCUGGCCUGAUCCCAUUGGGUCAGAUCAAACAGGAACCGGAUCUUCACACACCAUCUAGACGACGGGCCAAAUUGAAGCCCGAUUUGAAAUUAAAGUGCGGAGCGUGCGGUCAAGUUGGUCACAUGCGUACAAACAAGGCGUGUCCGUUAUACACAGGGGGCGGGGCGGUGACCCCCGAACAUGAUGAACCAGCCCCCGAACCUGACGACCUUGACCUUGGAUAUGUGGAUGGAACCAAGCUCACACUACCUUCUAAAUUUGUUAAGCAAUCUUCGGAGGAGCUUCGUCGUCGUAGCGGCAGUCGUCGCGAGGUCCGAGCUGCUGGGCGAACCAAGAGACGCGGCACUGCCAGUGAUUCUUGUGAUUAUCUCGUCAAAAGACCAGCGGAAAGACGCAGAACUGAUCCACUAGUGACUCUCUCGUCCCUAUUAGAAGACGUAUUGAACACUAUGAGACACCUCCCCGAUGUACAACCCUUCCUGUUCCCAGUCAAUCCGAAGCUGGUAGCGGAUUACUAUCGUAUCGUAUCGCGGCCGAUGGAUCUACAGACUAUAAGGGACAAUUUGAGGCAAAAACACUAUCAAAGCCGCGAAGAAUUCUUGGCUGAUGUCAACCAGAUCGUAGAAAAUUCUACUCUUUACAAUGGUCCUACGAGCAGCUUGACGGUAGCAGCGCAGCGUAUGAUGCAACGCUGUUUCGAAAAACUGGCAGAGAAAGAGGAACAGUUUAUGAAACUGGAGAAACAAAUCAACCCGCUGCUAGAUGAUAACGACCAGGUGGCUUUAUCGUUUAUUUUUGAGAAUCUCUUAACAACGAAACUUAAAGUUAUGCCGGAAGCUUGGCCAUUCCUGAAACCAGUUAACAAGAAACAGGUCAAAGAUUACUAUAAUGUUAUUAAAAAACCAAUCGACAUGGAGACGAUAGGAAAGAAAAUACAAGCUCAUAAGUACCACAGUCGGGAGGAAUUUCUUCGGGAUAUACAGUUGUUGGUGGAUAACUGUCGUGCUUACAACGGACUUAACUCACAGUUCACGAGACAGGCCGAGGCCGUACUCAAAGUAACCCAAGAAGCCCUAGAACAGUUCGAUGAGCACGUGAGUCAGCUGGAGGCGAAUAUAGCACGCGUUCAGCAAAAGAUGUUAGAGGAUGCUGAGCAGUCUGAGUUAGAAGAUGACCCGCCGCCGCCCAGCGACGAGAAAAGAGGCCGCGGAAGACCGAAGAAACACAAACCAAGCACAUCAACAUCGAUGGCAGAUGAUGCCACACAGAGGAAACGUAGUCGUGUCAAGAAGGACCAAAAUAGUCUGGUUGAUGAUUUACAAUAUUCUGACAGUGGAAGUUCAGGUCUAGAGGAAGUCGAACAAAAAGAUGCAGCUGAAGCUAUGGUACAAUUAUCUGUUCGACCUGAUGACGACAUUCCUGAUUCGAGCUUCGAUACUUCUGAGUUCCUCAUCAAGCGCGAGGUUCCAGACGAGCCGCACGAGCUGGUCGACCUGGACAGUCACAGCACUGACUAUACUUACCCCGCCGUUGUUAAGGAGGAACCAAUCGAGCCGGACAUGAACAUGGAUCCGCCAAUGAUGGACGCGCUCCCUGAACACACGCAGUUUAAAGAAGAGCCGCUUGAGAACUGGCAGCCGGACCCUGUAAUUCAGGAUGACCUAAGAGUAACGGACAGCGAAGAAGAAGCAGAAGAUGGACUUUGGUUUUAGAUUUAUAUUUUUUUAUUUACAUAGAUUAAAAUGUAAGAAUAAUAAUGUUUGUUACAUAAGCAAAAUAAAUGAAUUUAUUAU